AGACAAAAAAGAAAACAAUAACAUCAGAAUAGCGCAAAAAAGGAUAAAAAUAAAGAAUCAAAACACAGCAAAUAGAAGUAACAAGAAGAGAUGAUUUGAUGUAAUUUCCUCUAAUUAAGAGUAAUAAUUUUAUAAAAUGGUGAUUUACAACAAGUAGUUUCUCUUAAUACAGUCAAGGUCUGGCAAAUGAUAUAGCAAAAUUAUAAAUCCACAAACCUUCUUGGAUCUAGAAUGAAGCAAGGCCAGCGACCCAGUAAAGCAUCGGAGCAGCCCGGCCCGACAAUGAAGAAGCUGGUACUCGAUCGUUUUCCGAUAUCUAACCCACCGACUGUUGUGUUGUGUUGUGUUGGCUCCACCAGUAUUCAUAGUCCUUCUCUUUCGUUACAAACCACUUCUUCUUCUUCUUCUUCUUCUUCUGCUUCUCUCACACUCCGCACUCUCGCAUUCACUGCAUUACCCAAUAUUUUUCCUUAAGAAAAAGAAUAAAAUAAAAUGGAGAGAGAUUCGUCUGAUGAAGAAGAUGAUCGCGAGAAUCUAAUUGAGCAAAACGACAGGAAACAUCACAAUCACCAACAAACUGUACCCACUUCCUCUCCUCAUCGGAGAUCUUUCUCUACCUUCCACAUUGAGGAAUAUGGAGGUGUAAUACGUCGUCGUUUGUUCAAUAAGCGGUACUAUUAUUAUUUGUUGGCCAUUUUCCUUCCUCUGUUAAUCAUCAUCGUCUACUUCUCCGCCGAUUUAAGGAGUCUCUUCUCUGCCAAUAUCUCUUCUCUUAAUUUCAAUUCGGCUUCUGAUCGUAUGAGAGAGGCUGAGUUGCAAGCUCUUUACUUGCUUGAACAGCAACAACUCUCUCUUUUAUCAAUCUUUAAUCAAUCUUUUCCUUCUAGAAAUAAAAACUUUUCGAGUAAUUCUAGUUUUAUUAAUUCAUUCGAUAAUGUAAAGAUUGAGAAUUUCAGAUCUGCCCUUUUAAAGCAGAUGACUUUUAACAAACAAAUUCAACAGAUUCUGUUGUCACCUCAUAAAUCUGGGAAUGAGAAUGUCUCUGGUUCUUUCUCGGGUUCUGGAUUUGGUUUCGAUAGGUGUAAGAAGGUGGAGUCGAGAUUCUUGGACAGGAAAACUAUAGAGUGGAAACCCAGAUCAGAUAAGUUUUUGUUUCCCAUUUGCUUAUCUGGGCAGAUGAGUAAUCAUUUGAUUUGUUUGGAAAAACAUAUGUUUUUUGCUGCUCUGUUGAAUCGGGUUUUGGUUAUGCCGAGUUCUAAAUUUGAUUACCAGUAUAACAGGGUGUUAGAUAUUGAGCAUAUUAAUCUGUGUGUGGGAAGAAAAGUGGUGGUUACUUUUGAAGAAUUUGUGCAAAUGAGGAAGAAUCACGUGCAUAUUGAUCGGUUUAUAUGUUACUUCUCUUCCCCUACUGCAUGUUAUGUGGAUGAAGAACAUGUUAAGAAGUUGAAGGGGUUGGGAAUUUUAAUGGGGAAGCCUGAGUCUCCUUGGAAGGAGGAUGUUAAGAAACCAAGUCAGAAAACUGUUCAGGAUGUGCUGGCUAAAUUCACGUCUAAUGAUGAUGUUAUUGCUAUUGGAGAUGUGUUUUAUGCUGAUAUGGAGCAGGAUUGGGUGAUGCAACCUGGUGGUCCUCUUGCUCACAAAUGCAAGACUUUGAUCGAACCAAGUAGGCUCAUACUGGUUACUGCCCAGCGAUUUAUUCAAACUUUCUUGGGGAAGAACUUCAUUGCCCUACAUUUUCGGAGGCAUGGCUUUUUAAAGUUCUGCAAUGCUAAAAAUCCAAGUUGCUUUUACCCCAUUCCCCAAGCUGCAGACUGUAUUGCACGGGUGGCUGAAAGGGCCAAUGCACCAGUCAUUUAUCUUUCCACUGAUGCAGCGGAAAGUGAAACUGACUUGCUGCAGUCACUAAUUAUAGUGAAUGGGAAAACAGUACCACUUGUCAAACGCCCCUCUCAUACUUCAGUUGAAAAGUGGGACUCUUUGUUAUCCAGACAUGGGAUUGAGGAUGAUUCUCAGGUGGAAGCUAUGCUUGAUAAAACAAUCAGUGCCAUGUCCAAUGUCUUCAUUGGAGCGUCUGGGUCUACUUUCACUGAGGAUAUUUUGCGGCUGCGAAAGGAUUGGGAAUCUGCAUCUUUAUGUGAUGAAUAUCUCUGCCAAGGCGAACUGCCAAACUUCAUAGCAGAGGAUGAAUGAAGACACGGGAAAUUGAUCAAUUGUUUUGUAGCACACGCAAUCAUUUCUGUGAAUAUCCGGCAGUGAAGAUGAGUCACCAUGAAUCAUCAGCACGAUUGGUAGCUUAUCUUUCCUGGUGCCAAUGCCUGAAUGGCAAAUAGUGCUGAAUGUAAUUUUCACUUGUAUGAUACUGUAUGAUAGGUGGGUAGUAGCAUUUACACUGCACAUAAGUUUUUUUCUUUUUCAUUGUUUUGAUGGGUGACAGUAAUUUUUGUAUUGCACAUGAGGUUGAAAAAGUACAGCAGCUAAAAAAACUGUUGACUCCUCGUUAUAGCUUCAUAUAUAUAUAUACAUCAGCAAAUAAGGCAUAAAGCAGAA